UGGUCAAUAUGACACAAAAAUCUAUACUUCACCUUGUUCAAAUCGUUAAGAACGACUUGAGGGUUGUAUUGGAUAUCGCUCCGUCCCAAAGAGAAGGUCGCAGGUGGCUACACGUGAAUUGUUCAGACUACUGGGUAGUGAGUAGCAUUAGCACGGGAUAUGGUAAUUCCUUCUUUUAUCCUGAACUAUCUUGAACCAGGAUCUAAAACUGUGCAUCACGCGUGAUCCACGCGCAAUAAAGCGACAGAAUCUGUUUAAAUGUGGCCGGAUUGCUUUUCCUCCGAUAGAUAUCCAUAUUGUUCUGAAAUAACUUUUUGCUCCUAGACUGGCAGGGACAAACUAAUUCAUGAAUUUUGAAAUUAUUUGGAACAUUUUAAAACUGUUUUCGGGGUUAAUGAAAUGGUGAUGGAUUCAAAAAUGCGUCCAAGAAAAUUCUAUAGGACAGGGAGAGGGUUUAUCAUUGCCAGCCGUUUAUCAGCUUCUCGGAACAAUGAAGUGAACGACGGUAUGCCGUACAAACCACAUCAGAAUAAAAAGUCGUUAUCACGACUUGCGUUGUCCAGUGAAAAGUCUAAUAACACAAAAGGACCGCUUUCAGACCUUGAGGAGGAAUUCAUUUUUGCUGCGGAGUUCGGGGAUAUUCCGACCGUAAAACGGCUGCUGGAGGAACACCCUAACUUUAACGUUGAUUUUAACGACAUUCUUGGGCGCACUCCUCUCCGUUUGGCUGUGGGCAACGAACACUUGGAGGUUGUUGAAUUGCUGCUGGAUCGUUCUAAUGCUGCCAGUAUUCACGAAGCUCUUCUGCAAGCCAUUAGUGCUGGACAUGAACAAAUUGCAGAAACCAUACUUAAACACCCAAAGUACAAAGACGUCAAACGUGAAAAUAAACGCUUCGGCGAGACAGAUUAUUUUUUCAAUACAACAAGCGAAGAUUCGCCGUUUUCCUCUGACAUUACUCCACUGAUUCUGGCCGCUGAGAGGAACCAAUUUGAGAUCGUCCAGCUUUUGUUAUUACGUGGCGAGACAAUCAGAAAGCCUCACCAUUAUUACUGUAAUUGUCAGGAGUGUAGCAACAAACUGGUAUUUGACCAGCUACGAUUAGCCAAAACGAGGCUAAAUGCCUACAGAGGGCUAGCCAGUAGCGCCUAUAUAUCCUUAUCCAGUAACGAUCCUAUUUUGACCGCCUUUGAACUAGCUAGAGAACUUAGAUGUGUUGCAAAAGUGGAAAAAUAUUACAAGAGUGAUUAUUUAGCAUUAGCAGAUCAAUUAAGUGAGUAUGUAGUCCGGUUAUUGGACAAGGUCAGAGGUCAUGAUGAACUGGAAAAACUUCUCAAUAAAAGAAAACGCGAACCUGAUGACGAAACGUAUGAACAACUGUCUCGGCUGAAGUUGGCAAUCCACUACAGCGAGAAAAAAUUUGUGGCCCACGCUAGUUGCCAACAGAAGCUGGUUAGUAUAUGGUAUAACGAUCUGAGGGCCAUGGAGCGUUCCAACUGGUUUUUCCGGUCCCUUAUUGUCCUCGGGGUCACAUCCGCCUAUCCCUUAUUAGCCAUUCUAUACAUUUUUGCGCCUCAUUCUAAGAUCGGACGUUUUCUCCAGUACCCCUGUAUCAAGUUCAUCGGUCACGCCAUGUCUUUUGUGACCUUCCUGGUCAUGAUUCUGAUCUCCAGUGCGGAGGGCACCACAGACCUCAGUCGGAUGUCGUCAUUUCCGGGACCUUACAGACACUACCUCUGGUACAAAAACCACAGCAGACUGACGCUGCCUGAAGACUUCGUGGUUCGAACGUGCCGACCGGAAGUUAUACAAAUAGGACUUAGUUUGUGGAUAAUAGGCAUGCUCUGGCAGGAGAUUAAGCAGGUGUUCAGUGAGGGCCUGUACGGCUACUUUGACUCCCUGUAUAAUUACCUGGACGUGGCCGUUCUCACCUUGUACCUGUCCUCCUUCACCUUAAAGUACGUCUGCAUCUGGAAGGUUAAUGUUGCAUUACAAUAUUUUGAGACUCGAGAACCCUGGGAGAAAUUACUUCUUAGUGACCAGACAGCAGCAAAGCAAAUGUACUGGAUCAUUGCAGACAGGUUUUAUUGGGACUCCCUUGACCCCCACAACAUCGCAGAGGGACUGUUUGCCAUUGCGAAUGUCAUCAGCUUCACUAGGGUCUCCUACAUCCUACCAGCCAAUGAAAUGUUCGGUCCUAUGCAAAUCUCAAUAGCCCGGAUGAUGACGGACAUCAUCAAGUUCUUGGCGAUCUUUCUGGUGAUCCUGGUUGCCUUUAUGGUCGGUUUACACAAUCUUUACUGGUACUACCCAAAACAAGUUCGGGAAAAAGUAGAGUUCAUCAAUCACAACAUUACAGUCAGGGCGGAGGAAUCUUUUGGAAUACCGGACAAGACCGUUCGGACUGUAUUCUGGUCACUGUUUGGGCGCGGGGAUGCAACUAUAGUAGAGUUAGACGAGUUUGAACACAUCUUCACCCAGUACGUGGGCUACUGGAUCUUUGGUGCCUACAACUGGUGCAGUGUCAUCGUUCUACUCAACAUGCUCAUUGCCAUGAUGUCCAGAUCAUUUGAACUCAUUCAGGAAGACUCGGACACCGAGUGGAAAUUCGCUCGUAGUAAGUUAUACAUGGACUACAUUAAAUCAGGAGCAACGUUACCCAUUCCAUUCAACAUGAUUCCCACACCUAAGUCAGUCUGGAAGCUAUGCUCAAAAUUAAGUAUCUGUUUCUGUAAGGGGGAGGCAGGGGAUGCAAGGCCCCACCCCGGGAGGAUCAAGGACGUGGAGCUGUACGCCACUAGUCCCACCACAACGAAUUCAGGGUGGAAUGUUGGACGUUCCGCACAUAAAGCAAACGGCAUCAAGAGAUUCCGAGAGAGAAUGCAGACGACAAAUGGAUUUGUCAGGAGUGAUUCGGACCAUAAUCUGUUUGAGGAAAAAUUAACAUAUAAAAGAGUAAUGAAAAGAAUUGUCAAACGAUACAUAUUUGACAUGCAGAGAGAAAACGAUAGUAACGAUGAUUUCGAUGAAGUUAAACAAGAUAUAUCAAGCUUCCGGUAUGAGAUUUUAAAUCACUUACAAUCUCGGGAAGACGAGAGUCGAGAAUGUCGAGAGAAGAUCACCAUGAUGGAACAGAAACUGAGUGACCUGGUUCAGCAACAAACUGUGCUCCUUAAUAAGCUAUGUCAAACUAACUCCGACGACUCUAGUCAAAAUGGCGAACAAUCUGGUGAUGUUCAUAGAAAGAAAGAUGAAAGUGAGGAUAAUGAAGGCCUCGCAGCGCCUCUGUUGUCAGAAAGUGCUUAUUCUUCAUUAGAUGAACCGUCGUUGGAGGACGAACUCUUGCAGCAAUUAUCAAUGUCCAGGAAUCAGUAUUUGGAGGAUAUUCCGGAAGAGGAAGCGACGUCACAGAGGGAGGAUAGGCGUCUUAAGGUCAGAGUUCGCUCAGAGAGUCAGGACACCAAUACGUCACCAAGGUUAUCACGUCAACAGUCACUGGAUGAUGAAAACUACUCUAUUGACGACAUCAUCGUUCAUGUGUUGAAUGAACAUGACGUCAAAAACGCGUCGGAUGCCAAACUGUGAUAUUUGUAACCUUUUAACGUGUUCAUGAAUCCCUCAUUCGUUGUUUAAUUUGAGUUAUACAUUCGAUAUUGCAUCGAUAUCAGAGAACAUGAUUAUGUCUGUCUAUUUUAUGUUAACAAUGUACGAUUAUAUCAUUAAAUUUACAUUCAUUUUAAGUAUCAUAAUGAUUUCCUCUAUUUCUUACGGAAAUUGAUUGUAUUUCACAGCUCUAUAGAUAUGAACAGGACUGAAAUCUACGUGAUCCAGUUCGAGAAAGUUUUUCAAUCGAUCGAAACCAUUAGCAGACUAAGAAAAUCAAAAAAUAUGAUUACUGAUGAUGUCAGAUUCAAAUGCAAAUUCCCAUAUAACAUGACCUGGCUCUUUCAAUUACAUUAACAAUAUAUU